AUGGAACCGUCUACUUCUCACUCUGUUCAAAGCAGUGGCUCGGGAGCUCUCGCGCCUUUGAUGUCGCCGUAUAUGUCGUCGUCUCAGUCCAUGGACCAAACGCCUUCGCCUGCGAGUUCAUUGCCGGACUGCGCCGACGCGACUCCUUGCCUCGGGCAAGGCGUCUUCUCCCUGCAACCCUUCUCCCUGCCUGAUACACCGUCCACCCCCAAGCCGAAACGCGUCCCUCGUCCUGCUAACGCUUUUAUGUUGUUUCGCUCCGAUUUCCUCAGGAGUGGCACCGUACCUUCCGAAGUUGAAAGGAAGCAACAAACGCUAAGCAAGCUGGCUGGUAAGAUCUGGGAGAGCAUGGACGAGGAUGAGAAGUCGAAGUGGCGCAACAAAGCUGAGAAAGUGAAGGAUGAGCACCGAAGGGCCCAUCCUGAUUAUAAGUUCACCCCCAUGAGAGGUCCCGCUCGUCUGAAGGCAAGGGGGCAAACUGAUGAACGGGGGCAGGACCGUAAUGGGGAAGGUUGGAUUGAGGAACUACGGCUACGAUAUGCGCCGCCGACGCCACCCGGACGCCCUUUGAAAGGCAGAGGACAUCGUAAGCACCAACCGACUAUCAGUCCGAAGCUUGAGUAUCCCCCAGAGCAAUUAUCACCUAUGGCGAUAUCACCGACCCCAUCACCUUCCCUUUCUUCUAAUCCUUCGUAUUUCCCUCCGCCCGUUGGCAUGCUACCGCGCCGUCCUUCGUCUGCGCCAGGUCUGCGCCCAUCUUCCAUCCCGAUGGAAUGCGAUUACAAGCCCCCAGCAUGCACAGGCCUCGAAACGCGCCCGAUCCAUCCCUUUCAACUUCACCCCCAGGAUCACCGCUUUUUACCGCGCCGCCCCUCCACCGCUACUGGUGGGCGUACUUCACAAGAGGCAAUGAACUACGGUGCCUACGCUCUCCCUUCGCCCAUCCAUUUCCAUGACCCAUUCACCGCCCAACCCGUGAAUGCGUUGGGCCAAAAUAUGGCAUCGCUACACAUCGGCGACACGCUGCCAGCGUUCACCCACGAAUCAGUGUCUCCUCUUGAUGCCCGACACAUGUCUCAAUAUCACUUGUCAAACGGCCUACAUUUCCCCAAUACCACUUUCCCCAACGCCACUUCCCCUAACGCCACUUUCCCCAACGCCACUUCCCCUAACGCCACUUCUCCCCUCACUCCUGGUAUGCAAGUCGAUUUUGCGUCGAAGCAGGAUGAAGGGACAUAUCAAUAUGCGAACACGCAGAAGCCGCGAUUUGAGGCUGGAGCUUUUGCGGGCGUUGUUUACUCUCAAGAUGGAUACGCGCACCAUCCAGCACUCCUUCCGCCUUAUGUGCCGGGUGCUUACUCCCAUUAUGGCAACGUUAAUUCAGAAUCAGACUAUUCUAUGCACUAUGGUAGUCCGCAAUAG